GUGCUCUUCUCCAGUCGCGCUCCCCAGCCAGUCGGCCAUCGAGACAUGACGACCACCGCGCCUCUCCAGCACGUCCCGCAUGGGCGCCAGACUUAUGAGACCGUCAUGUUCUUCUGGCGGACCGUCACACAGAUCUUUUUCCGUGAAGUACGACCUAGGGGGGCGUUCAACAUCCCCAUGCAGGGACCCGUCAUCUUCGUCGGCGCACCGCAUAACAAUCAGUUUCUGGACCCGCUCCUGCUGGCACUGGAGGUAUGGAGAGAGACGGGGAGAGCAGUGCAAUUCCUGGCCGCUGCGAAAAGUAUCGAACGCAAAGCCGUGGGCUUUUUCAUCCGUCUCAUGAACAGCAUCCCUGUCGUGCGUGCCGCGGAUUCGGCUAAGGCAGGGUCAGGCAAAAUCACGCUUUCCGCGGCCGACCCGUGUGUUGUUCUCGGGUCUGGCACGCGUUUCACAACCGAGCUCAAGCCGCGCAUGCAGCUCAUGUUGGCCAAGUCCCUGGGCUCGCCGAUUGCGGAAGUCGCAGAGAUCGUUUCGGACACGGAGCUGAGGAUCAAGAAGGAGUUUGGCGGCGGGAAGGGCACGGGUCGGAUUCGCGAGAAGGUUGAGGAAUUGAGGGCUGCGGGCGAGGACGGAGGGCUGCAAUACAAGUGCAUGCCGUUCGUCGACCAACAGGAGAUGUAUCAAUAUGUGUACAACUCACUUAACGAAGGAGGGAGCAUCGGUAUAUUUCCUGAAGGUGGCAGCCACGAUCGCACGGACCUUCUUCCGUUCAAGGCCGGCGUGUCGAUCAUGGCCCUAGGUGCCAUGGCGAACGACCCCAAACUCCAGGUGAAGAUCGUGCCCGUUGGACUGGCGUACUUCCAUGCGCAUCGGUUCCGCUCUCGGGCGGUUGUCGAGUUCGGCAAGGCUAUCGAUGUCCCGGCGGACUACGUGACGAUGUUCAAGCAGGGGGGAGACCAAAAACGAGAAGCUGUAUCCAAGUUUCUGGACCUCAUCUACGAUUCGCUGAAAACCGUCACCGUGCGGGCUCCGGAUUAUGACACGCUUAUGCUUAUACAAGCUGCGCGCCGCCUGUACAAAACGCCAGGACAACAUCUCACCCUCGGUCAGACUGUCGAGUUGAACCGCCGUCUUUUGGAGGGCUACGUUCAUUUCAAGGACGAACCCCAGAUUCAGCGUGUCCGCAAGGAAGUCUUGAAGUACAACAGACUCGUCCGCGACCUAGGGUUACGCGACCAUCAGGUCCCUCGAGCUCAGAGAGCGCUGUGGAAGACCCUCGGUUUGCUCUUGUACCGCAUCUGUCUGUUACUUGUUUGGACGACUUUCGCUCUUCCCGGCGCCAUUCUCAAUGCACCCAUAUUCAUUCUAGCAACCUCGAUAUCACGCAGGAAGGCUAAAGAGGCACUCGCUGCAUCGCAGGUCAAGAUCGCGGGAAGAGACGUGCUUGCCACUUGGAAAAUUCUCGUGGCCUUGGCAGUUGCUCCUCUACUCUAUCUCUCGUAUGCCGCAUUGACGGUCCUGAUUCUUGCUCGCGCCGGCGCCCCUUUCCGAUGGAAGCUGCUUGGUCCGAUCUCUGUGUUGUUCGGAGUGCCUGUGAUGAGUUUGGCGGCUCUCAAAUUCGGCGAGGCCGGACGAGACGUCUUGUUCUCACUUCGUCCACUGGUAAUUGCACUCUUCCCAGGUCAACAGCGGUCUUUGGAACAGCUCAAAACGAAACGGGAGAAACUGGCCAACGAAGUGGUCGAUAUUAUCAACACGUUCGGGCCUCAGAUCUACAACGACUUUAACGAGGUGGGCUCAGACGUGACCUGCCUCUGCUCUUGCUGAAGACUUUGGCAGUGGAAGAUCUUGGUCCCAAGCGCGACUGUCCCUCCCUCAACCGGACUCCUGGCCUUUGGCGACGGAAAAGUGGAAAUGGUGGUGUUGAUGCCCAGGGUCUGCUGAUGCCGCAUCCGAUGACCUGGCUGGAUGAGCGACUGUUUGGCUGGUCACGCAGCUCUGUUCGCGGCACCAGUGCCUGGGCUGGAUCCACCGAUGCCAGUCGAAUUGGCACACCCAACGAAUCUGAAGAUGAAGACGCCGGCGACUACGAGAACGUGAUCGCCCUGUUGCCGGAUCCAGGGUCAAAACCUCGCAGUCGGAAAAACUCGUAUGCCGAUCUCCAGCGCCUGAAGAUGACAGGGCUCACUCCUGCAAAUCAUUCGCCGUCUACCUCUCCUCGACUGGGACAUCGGGAGCGGAAAGCCACGCUGUCGGACGGUGUCCCCGUCCAGCGCAUCGCGGCGGUCUCCGGAUCGGACCAGUUUGACGAGGCCACUCAGAGUCUGAAUGAUGAAAUACAGAUGAGACGCCGGAAGAUGGACUCGCAUGACUCGUGAUUUGUAUUCAUUCCACAUCUGUACUGAUACACGCAUUUCACUUCACCCCGUCAGAAUCUCGACACCAGUUUCUGUGAUCCUCAACGUCUCUUCGAACUGAGCACUCCUCCUCCCGUCUACUGUAGUCGCCGUCCAGUUGUCUGGCCAGUGCACAGUUUCCCAGCUCGGACCAAGAUUGAUCAUGGGCUCGAUGGUGAAGAUCAUGCCAGGCUUCAUGGUCCCUAUGGCUUUAUUUUUGGCGUAGUGCGGGAUAUUUGGUGCGCAGUGGAACAGCUCGUGAAUGCCAUGUCCGGUAUACGUCCGAACGGACGAGCAGCCAUUCCCGCGGGCAAUAGGCUCACUGAAAACAGUCAGAACCAACCCCAAUCUCGGCAACAGCACGGACAUCACUUUGCCAAUGUCUCGGAACAGGGCACCGGGCUUGCAAAUCUCAAUCGAUUUGUCGAGGCAUUCACGCGCUGUCCGGAUAAGUUUCUCCGACUCCUCGUCAAUCUUGCCCACAGGAUAUGUCCCGUUCACGUCACCAUGAUAACCUGCAGCGUGGAGAUGAGAAGAAGCACACGAAAGCAUGUUGCGCACAACCUUGAUAGAACACACUAAUGUCUGCGAGCUCCGGUCAGAUUUAACCACGCAACACAGAUUGCACGCACCCAGGUUGACGAUGUCGCCUUCCUUCAAGGGCCUCUGAUCCGGGAUCCCAUGGCAGAUGACCUCGUUGAUAGAA